AGGACCCUGAAAGUACAUAACUGCAGCACAAAAUAGUAGUUUUAAUCGGUUUCCCUCAACUAUAAAGAGACUUGUAAAAAGAUACGUGGAUAAUAAUGGCGUUUUAAUUAUAUUGUUUUAGUUUUGAAAUGUAUAACAGUAGAUUAUGAUGUUCGAUAGCAACAAAAACGUCUUGUACUGGCAGUACCUACUUGUCAGCCAUAGUAACUCGUCAACCCAAGUAGCCCUUUCCUUUGUGAAUUCUAAAUCCAAUUCCAGUGAUUGUUUCUUUUCAAUAUAUGAAUUUUAGAUAUUUUUAACCAACCUUAAUUCAAGUAGAUCACUAUGUUGUGAAAUUUAAAGGUACUUAAUGGCGUACUCGUUCCGUAACCUCAAUCAAGCGGAAGUGACCGAAACCUGCUGGUUGUAGUGGAUUUAUGCAUUCUAAGAAGCUUAGUGCUAUAUUGUUUGUAUCCUAAUUAUCAUUAAUAUCAAAUCCCAGUGACAAAAACGAUAUAAUGGUAGAAAUAGGUGCCCCACAGCAAUCUGCAGAAGACAGUUUGGAAAAUGCCGAAUGGUACUGGGGAGAUAUUACUCGGGAUGAAGCUAAUGAAAAAUUAAGAGAUACAUGUGAUGGCACUUUUCUAGUCAGAAAUGCCUCAAAUAAAGAUAGUGGCUACACAUUAACAGUAAGAAAAGGUGGCACAAACAAAUUAAUUAAAAUAUACAAUCAAGAUGGCCGCUAUGGAUUUUGUGAACCUUUUGAAUUUAAAUCAAUUGUUGAUCUCGUUGGAUUCUAUACUGAGUAUUCUUUGGCACACUGUAAUAGCAGUUUGGAUAUUAAACUCAUGUACCCACUCUCCCGAAAUCAAGAAAAUGAUGGAGGUGAAAAUAUUAAUGAUGAAACUUUGGAAACACGAUAUAAAGACAUUCAUAAGGAAUUUGUAUUAAAAACUAGAGAUUAUGAUGAGCGUUCUGACAAAUACAUGAGGUUACGUGAAGAAGUAAAAUUUAAAAGACAGGCUUUAGAUGCUUUUAAGGAAACAUUGAAAGCAUGUGAAGAUCACUUAAAAUUACAAGAAAAAAUGCAGUCUGAAGCUCAGCCUCAUGAAAAAAUUGAUGUAAUAGAGAACAAUAGACAAUUAAUAUUGAGAGUAAACAGUUUAAGGCAAGCCCGAGUACAGUUGCACAAUAUUCUCAAAGAAACUGUUGAAUCUAAUUUGUUGCUAGAAAGAGAAAUAACAAAAUUAAAAUCAGAAAUAAUAAAUCUAUACAAAAUAAAAGAUCGCUAUAAAGUGUGGUUACAACGACGAGGCAAAACUGAAGAAUAUCUUCAAGCCUUAGAAGAUGACAAUAUUCAUAAACUUGAAGAAUUAUAUGCACAUCGUGAAAUGAUAACGUGGAUGGUGGAGAAUUGCACACGUGAUAUGGCAGAGAAACUUUUAGAAGGAAAACCUCAGGGCACAUUUUUAAUUAGACCAAAUUCCACUGGUCAGCUAGCUCUAUCUAUUUGUUGUAAUAAUAUGGUUUAUCAUUGCAUAAUUUUUAAGACUGAAAGAGGUUAUGGAUUUGCGGAGCCUUAUAAUAUCUACAAAACUUUAAAUGAGCUUGUAUUACAUUAUGCUUCUAACUCUUUAGAAGAACAUAAUGAACAGUUAAGGACUGCUUUAAAAUAUCCAAUCAAUGCAUAUUUAGUAAAAAAGCCUGAUAAAAAAAUGCAGGAAACACAAACAGACAUGCGGCUACAUCAGGAGUCUCAUCAUGAAACACAACUUAAACACAUCAGCGUCGACAAAGAAAGCAACGUCAUCCACUUCCAUAACACCAUCAUGUAAUGGAUUUGACUUAAAGCUUUCCUAGUCAUUUUUGUGAGUAAAAAGACUAGAAUAAUUGAUUGUCAAUUUUCAAAUUGAUAUACAUCAAUGCCAAUUUCUCCUGUGAAGCCCAAACCUCAUAGAGUUAAUAAUUUAUGUAGCUUGUGUACGUACGUUUAAAGAGGUUAUAAGAUGCGUAUUUUGCAUCUCAUGCAAUAUGUGAUAUUUCUUAAUAAUGGCUUCGUAUGUGAUAAUCUAUGUGGACAAUUUGUUCAUCUUUUUUAACUGUAGUUUUUGUUCAUGGUAACAAAAAAUAAUUUUCAUUGUGCACUUCAUUGUAUAGUCUUACCAUGACAUGAAGAUAUAAUUGUAAGGGUAAGAAGUGCAUUUUAUUGUCUGGUCUAUAUUAUUUUAUAAUCAUAUCUUAGAAUACGAAAGUAUGGGUCAAAUGUACAAAACAAUAUUUAUAAGUUAAACAUUGUUGAUUUAUAUUGUAAUAUUGUGGUUAAACAAUAAUUUGAAUAGUUUUACAUAUUUAUAUUAGCUCAUGAGUUUUAAUUACUAAUAUAUUUUUCAUAAAAGUAAGAUCUGCUAACAACAUGGUAAGAUUAAAGUUAUAUAGACUUUUAUAAGAAAUAUGGUUAGUUAGAACCAAACAAAAAUAUUAGUUUAUGACAUUAUUCAGACAAGAUAAGUAAAUUAACCCUUCUUGUAAAUUAAAAUACCAAACCAAAGCCAAUUGGAACUAAAAAGUAACUUAUUUAUUAUUUAGAAAGAUACAGUAACUAAAUCUUUGUAUCUGAAAUACAUUCAAUUUUAUUCAAUAAUAAUAAGCCAAAACAAUAAUUAUAGGCUGCAGGUAUUCGAGAAUGAAUUCUACUUAUUGAUGUUUAAUAUGUACUUGACAUUCCCAGUUCAAAACAUACAAAAUCAAUUUAAAAUAUCUAUAUAAAUGAGCAAGUUUUAAUGGCUUGUAUAUGUUUUGUUUGAUAAGUAUAAACUUAUAUCUAUUGAUAACGAAACGAGAAAUCGAAAUUGUUUUUAAUGCUGGUGUUAGCCUAACUCUUUGCCCCUUAGUAUGUUUCAAUAAAUGUGAAUUGUGUGCCUGCAUGUCUCCAAUUUAUUAGAGACAUGUAGGAUUCUUUACAAUAUUUUCAUUUUGCAGUGCAUUUAAGCAUUUAGCUCCCGUAUGUUUGCAAUUAUUUGAUCUGUGAGGAUCUAUCAUUAUGCCUUUAUAAAAUAUGUUUAAAACAUAAAAUAAUUCAAUUUUGAAUACAUCUAUUUAAUCAAAUUAAGCAACAUAACUAAAAAAUAAAGUACCUCGAAGGUGCCGAGAAAAUGCCAUAUAAAGCUGCGUUUUCACAAAAACAAUUGGCAACUUUUUUAUUGUCAACAUGUGAUUAUAGCCAACCCAUGUCAUACAUGGUUUAAGUGGGACUGCAAUUAUUACAGGAAAACAGAUUUUUUUUGUCCAUUUCUUAGUAUCCCAGUUAAAGGAUGAAUUUUGUUCAAAGCAAUUUAUAUUAAUGUUUGAGUAAUUUUUUUUAUAUAUAAUAAUAAUACUAAUGUGAUAAAAAUUGUAACCACUCGGUUUGAAAAUGAUUAAAUAAAUAUAGCUUUCUGUUUUUUGUUAACAAAGUUAUUUUCUUAAAAAUGAAAUUUUCGGAUUAGUUUUGCAGUUGAAAUUUAUUGAACCAUAUUUUAUAUACACAUUUAUUUCACAAUAAUUGUGCAAUGAAGUAUGGCUAAUUCAUGUAUUAUUACUCGAUCUCUAUCUGUCACUUGAAGAAUAUGUAUCGUAGCAAUAAUGUUUCGAAUUUAUGAGUUUUUUAUUCUAAUAUAGAAUUUAAACUUAUGUCAACAGGUGUAUACAGAAAAAUAGAUAACUUAGUUAUUUGAUUGAUAAAAGUUUUAUCUAUUCAUAUAAACUGUUUUAUAUACAUACUGAAGAGUAUUGCUUUAAAUAAAUUGUAACAUAUAAUAUAGACUUUUAAAAACAAUAAGUUACAGAUUAUUUAAGUGAGAUUAUUAAAUUGGAGUUAUUUUUGUAUUUACGUCUUUAGGUAUUAUUAAAUUUUGUAUGUAUAGUAGAUAUUACAACUUAACUAUUAUUUUUAUAAUAUGUAUCAGAUCGUUUGCAAUUACCUAGUAGUAAAUAUUGAAUAUGAUCUCAAUAAUAAAUUAGUUGACAAAGUGGAGAAGCCAAUCUAAUAAACAAAUAUUUAAUAGAAAUAAAAAUCAGCUUGUACUUUUUCAAUCAUGAUAUAAAACUCACCUAUGGAAACUUUAAAAAGUUGUCAUUUUUAUAAUAUUGUAAGUUGAAAUGUGUUGAAUAAACGAUUUAUCAGUAAGUUUCUA